CCCGCCACGUGACGCCGUGUCCCCGCUUGGCAUUGGCCGAGCGCGGUCACGUGCCGCAGGAGGGAGGUGGGGGGCGUGCGGCCGCGGUUGCCACGGCGACCGGAGGCGGCGGCGGCCCGCAGGUGUGUCGCCGGUGAGCCCCGGCGGCGCCGCUCGGCGAUGGGCGACGUGCUGGCUUACGAAGCCGAGCUGCUCGGGCUGGUCAGAGAGUAUUUGGAUUUUGCAGAAUUUGAAGAAACAGUGAAGGUAUUUGCAAAGGAAUGUAAAAUAAAAGGGAAGCCUCUACCCAAAGCAGCAGGUGUUUCCUUGAGAGAUUCAAAAGCCUUGCCUGUGCAGAAAGAUUUGCUAGCAGCGUUUGAAAAUGGUGAGCAGAAAGCUUUCUUCCAGCUCUGGGAGGAGCAUAUUUCAUCUUCGGUCCGGGACAAUGAACCAGCUGCUCAGAAGCUGGAGUUCUAUCUUCACAUAUAUUUUGCUACAUACCUCUUGAAACACUCUGUGGGAAAGCCUGACAAAGCUGAACUUGAGGAAAGGAUUUCCCACUUUAAAGCAUACCUUGAAACAAAAGGAGCUGCACUGAGCCAGACUACAGAGUUUCUUCCCUUCUAUGCUUUGCCUUUCGUUCCCAACCCUAUGGUGCAUCCUUCAUUUAAAGAACUUUUCCAGGAUUCUUGGACAUUGGAUUUAAGGACAAGAUUGGAAAAGUUCCUGUCUCUGACUCUCAAAGCCAGCCAGACUCCCAGGCUUCUCACUUUAUUUAAGGAGAAUGGACAGUGCAACAAAGAAAUGUUGCAACAUCUUCAUCAACAGCUAGUGGAGUCUGAGCACAGGACCAUGACCUACCUGAAGCGAUUUAACAAAAUGCAAGCAGACUACCAUAAUCUCAUUGGAGUCACUGCAGAGCUUGUGGAUUCCUUGGAGGCAACAGUCAAUGGCAAGAUGAUCACACCAGAAUAUCUUCAAAGUGUUUGUGUUCGCUUGUUUAGCAAUCAGAUGAGACAAAGUGUAGCACAAAGUAUUGACUUCACAAGGCCUGGAACAGGAUAUUACUCUAUGAGCCCUUGUGAUGACGGAUAUGCUUCCACAAUGUUAAGAGCAUCAAUAGCACCUGUAAAGAUGCAGGAUGUGCCGUUGUUGCCCUCUUUGGACUAUGAGAAGCUGAAAAAAGAUUUGAUUACAGGGAGUGAUCGUCUCAAAGCCUUCCUACUGCAAGCUCUGCGCUGGCGCUUGACAACAUCAUAUCCUGGAGAACAAAGAGAUACUGUCCUGCAGGCCUACAUCAAUAAUGACCUCCUAGAUUGCCACAGCAACUGUCAGAGAAAUGUCCUUAAAUUAUUACAGUCUAAGAGUGAGGUAGUCAGACAGUACAUGGCAAGGCUCAUCAAUGCUUUUGCUUCAUUGGCAGAAGGUCGUCUCUACCUUUCUCAGAACCCACUGUUGCUGCGACUGCUGGAGGAGAGACUGAAAGCUGAGGACAAGGAUUCCCUUACAUGGGAGAAUGUUCUGGGGGCUUUGCAGAAAUUCAGCCUCAGGCGUGCACUGCAGUCAGCAAUGAUCAAAGAUGGGCUCAUUUUCUGGCUGGUUGAUGUUCUGACAGAUACAGAUAGCCUGUCUGAUUACACACUGGAGUAUGCUGUUGCCUUGCUCAUGAAUCUGUGUCUGAGGAGUGCAGGGAAGAAAAUGUGUGCAAGGAUUGCAAACCAUGUGCUCAAAAUUCUCUCUGAUCUUCUUGGCCAUGAAAAUCAUGAGAUACAACCAUAUGUGAAUGGAGCACUGUAUAGCAUUCUCGCCAUCCCUUCUGUCCGAGAAGAAGCCAGAGCAAUGGGAAUGGAAGAAAUUCUGCGCUGCUUUAUCAAGGAAGGAAGUGCAGAGAUGAUCCGGCAGAUUGAAUUUAUUAUCAAGCAGCUCAAUUCAGAAGAGCCAUUAAAUGACAGUGCAGUGUCUGAUGAUGAAGAGGAAGAAGAGGAUGAGGAAGAAGACCAUGACAUCAUGGAGGCUGAUCUGGACAAAGAUGAGAUUUUACAACCUCAACUGGGAGAACUUACAGGAGAGAAGCUGCUGACAACUGAGUACUUGGGAAUAAUGACUCAUACUCCAAAAACCAAGAAGAAGCUGUUUCCCAGUGUCCAGCAGAGUAUAGACGAGCCUCUCCAGAGACCUGUGACACCAGGUUAUCACAGAACUGCGUACCCAAUGCCAGAAAACGAUGCCGUCUCUUGUCAUGAUAGGCAUGAGAAACUGCAGUCUCUGCCGAGUGAUUGUCCUCCUGUCUGUGGUGGGAGCAGGUCCAGCAUUUCUGACCUCUGCAUUUCCUCAUCAUCAAUUGAGACGAAGUCGUCCAAAGUAUUCUCAUCAGGCCAUAGAACGGACCGAAGCAUCCCAGGUGGUGACAAUAUCUUGUCUUCUCGAUCUACUGACUUCACCCAGGACAAAGCAAAUGGGCAAUCUCAUAGCGAGUUUUUCUCGGCCUUUACCAGCAAACCCAAGAUCCCUCGCACUCCUGAAGUGCAGAGUGCCAGCCCCAGAAAAGGAAAACUCCCGACCAUUGCCCCGCAGUUCUCUCAGUCUGGUCCCCAGCAAACGAGCCGGCCGAGCUCCUCAGGAUCAUCCACAAGGAGCAGACAGAGCGCUCAGUCCUCCAGGAAGUGAGAACAGUUCCUUUCCUCAAGAAUCACCUGUCACUUUACUGAAGGGCAGAGGCAGCUUCCUGUAAUGAGCUUUACUGGCGACCUACCGAGAAGAGGUUAUUAACAUUGCACGGCGUGUGCCCUGCAUGGUGAUUCAGGGAUUAUCUGAUGGGAUCCAUCUGUAGUCCUCUCUAAAGCUGGCUAAGACAAAGGCCUUGUUACAAUUCAAGGUCUCAGCAGGUGCCCACAACUGAUACGGUAGAUGGAUAUAGUCCCAGUGUCUCUGAUAGUUUAUUCUAAAGUGACAUUGCUACCUCCAGAAGUCUCUUGCUCUCUGCUUUUUGUGUCAGAGUAAAUGGCCUUUGGAGGUGGUCUGUAGGGCUCAGCACAGGAGUCUGGCCAAGCAACUGUCUUGUUUACAUAUUGCUUGCUGAACAAGUCUGUAACUUGCUUUAUUUAAAUUAUGCUGUUGUGAAUGAGUUAGGGAAUAUCUGUGUUCAAAGGAUCUGCAUCUGCACGAGGAAGGAAAGUGUAUGCUAUCUGUGUAGAGCCUCACUGCCUGGAGCAGUUCUAUGUGGAGUCAGAUCUCUGUCUGACCACCAGAGACUGAAGAGAAAAUAUUUUAUCAACUUCUGAUUGUCCUGAGGCAGUUGAAAAACUGUGCCAGUGCCUAAAGCACCAUCCAGCCAUGCUUAUCUCUGAGGAUCUGGUCAGCAGGUUUAUCUACAGCAAUUAUUCCUAUUCAUUCAUUUUUUUCCCCUUAAUAUUGUUUCUUAACAUUUGUAGAAUGAAUAAUUAAUUUUCCACUGGAAUUAAGAACUUUCUUCAUUCACAGGAGAAACCAUGAGAUGUGAACAGAUUAGAAACAGUGUUCUGUGUGUGUGUGGACCUUUGGUCUUUGUCACAUUUGAAAUUCUUCACUUCUGAACAGUGAUUGGUUAUGUCUUUAUGGAAUUUAUGCUGGUCUUCAGUGAAUCAAAGUGCUGAAUAGGUAAGGGUAAUCAGGAAGCCCUUCGCUAAAUCAAAACCCAGCAGUUAGUUCUGCCAGUAAAUUAUGAAGCCUGCACAUCCCUUUGUAUGACACAGCUCUUAGGACAACAGCAAAAACUUUAACAGAAAAGCAGUUUACCUUGGAGCUUGGCUGCCACUGAAGCAGAAAACAUUGUAAAUGGACUUCAAAAGCAAAUGCUUUAGCAGGUGUAAAAGGGAGAAGCCAAAGCUUUUGUUUUGGAGUUCCAACUUGAGAAACAAACAAGAGGAACCCAGCCUAAAACGUCAAGCAACUCCAACAGUGACAAUUGCCUCCUGCUUGAGUAAAGAGUUGUAAAGCCACCAAACAUUUCCGUAGGAACAGAAGAAAGCUUUAUGCUUGUGAUGAUGAGACCUUGAGUUCUUUGUGCCUCUUGGUAUGUGAUGGCAACUGAAUAGGCAAGGCAUUUCCUCACUCAGUGUAGUUGCCAUGAGACCCAAGACCAGUGAUGCUGCAUCAGGUUUUUGUGGAAAAGGAUCCAACAGGCAAGUUCCUCUAACCCCUUUGGCUAAUAGACUUCAAAUUGGAAUUAAGAUGUUUUGAAGGACAAGACAGUUGAAAAUCUGGUUGUAUUCACGUGAAACUUUCUGCUCAGUAACUGCACAGCCUAACACAAAGCAGGCAGGGUAUGGGUGUUGCUUUAAUGCCCCAGCUGCACAGGACAUAAAGUAAUUAGAGACACCUGAUAGUCUUUUUUCCUGUAGAUUACAGUGAUAGAUGAAUCACAGAAAACCUCUGAUUUGUGCUUUGUGAAAUCACAGAAAAUUCCUGAUUUGUGCACCCACCUGCUCUCAAAGCUGUUAAACAUAGUUAAUGAAAAAAAAUGUCCUUUGAUUUACAGAAGGGCAGCAAUAGGAGGCAGCCAUAAGAACUCACCUAGUAGUUUUGCAUGGCAGGCAGUUUUACUUUUCCCUCUGAAAAGCUAUCUUUUUUCCAGCUGGUAAUAUCAAUGGGCAGGUUGUUAACACUGAAGUGCUAAGCAAGUUCAUUUGCAUAUGCGGAUACACAGAGUGCCCCAGCAGUUGAAUUUUAUUUAUUUUACAGCGGUGUUGAGUUUCAUGUUUGAGCAGACCUGAUUCUCUGAAAUGCAGAACAGCCUUUGAAAAGAGUUGAGUGCAAACUAUUAAAAAAAAAAACCUCCCUGGGUUUACCAUUAGGUGAGGUUAAAACUAUCACUCUGUAACUCAGCCAAAAGUAGCUGCCCUCCACAAGAUCAAGAUAAGUGAAAAGCAAAAUACAACCAACAGAUGAGGAAAACUGAAAGGAACAAACUGAAGUGUAUGUCCUUGUGUGUUUCUUAUGCAGGCCCACUGCAAGGCAGAACUCUACGUGUAUGUUUUUUCAUGUUCAAGUCUUAGGUAUCUUGGAGAGUACAGAGUUUGAAAACUGUGAGAGUAUUUUUAUAUUAAUGUUUGAGAAACUUCAUUUUCCAAGUACUUGAGAGAGAAACUAUGUACAUGCUUUGAAAUAAAGUGCCAGCUGAGCAGUAGCUUGUGAAGCUGACAAAUUAACGUGU